AUGACGGACGAAGGCCGAGACGGUGACGACGAUGCCACUGCCACCGCCGAUGAAAGAAGCUUUAGCCACAACCUCGGCAAAACCAAAGAGUCAGGAGAUUCGAGUGAGGGUGUAAUAGUAGACUCAAUCAGCUCUAUGCCAGAUGAGAUCCUCCAACAUAUCCUCUCCUUAAUUCCGACCAGAUCUGCCAUCAGGACUUCCGUCUUGUCCAAACGAUGGAGGCAUGUAUGGACCGGUACACCUUCCCUCUACUUCCAUAAAGACGACAGACCUGAUGCUAAUUCAAUAAACGAAACCCUAGCUCGCUACAAAGCUCCUAAGAUGAUGAGUUUCCGUAUCUUGUUGAACAAGGUUGAUGAUCUUGUUCACAUGGACGGUUGGAUCAAGUUCGCUUUUUCAAGAAACGUUGAGAAACUCAUGCUGUAUUUAGAGCGGGAUGGCUAUAACAUCCCUGACUUCUUCUACGUCAACUCCUCUGUCAAGCAACUCUCUAUUAAUUCACUCUAUUCUUUUAAAAUGAUACCCGAAUGCUCUGUGUCGUGGACAUCCCUAAAGAAGCUGUCGUUGAGUCUUUGCAACCUCUCUGAUGAAUCCAUUGCUAAUAUACUAUCUGGAUGUCCCAUUCUCGGAUCUUUAAUAUUGGAUUUUUGCAAGGGAGUGAAGGUUCUUGAUCUCAGUAGAUCACCGCGUCUGAGAACAUUGGCAGUUUAUAACGACAGUUGUACUCCGGGGCCAACGAAGAUUGUGGCACCACAUAUCCAUUGUCUAAGAUUGAGAACCUCUCCGGUACUAUGUGAUUUAGUCGAUGUCUUGUCUUUAACCGAAGCUAGACUAGACAUUAGCUAUAAAUGCCAACGUGAUAAACUCAACGCUGAUUUGCUUCAUAUCAUGGUGAUAGAGAUACUAGACAAGUGCUGUCGGAAUGUAGAGAAGUUUACUUUUGGUGAAAGCUAUCUUAAGAUGUUAUCCCUUGCCGAGCUCCGUGGUGUUCUUUUCCCAAAAUUAAAGGCUAAAGCUAUAACGCUUGAGACACCGAUCUCUCACUAUGUAAUUCCUGGUAUAGUAAGGUUGCUACAAAACUCUCCUGAACUAAAAAUGCUAACGGUGACACACACAAGGAAUGAUGGCUUCAUACCGGGCAUCUAUAUUGACAGAAACUUGCGUUCUCAUGGCUUGAUUUCGUAUCAAUGCUGGAGCUCUGAAGCAAGAGACUUAGAACACUUUGACCACUUGAGAGCAAACGCUUCGUUUAUAGAACUUGUGCUUAAAACCUCAAAGACGUUAAAGAAGUUGGCCAUAUAUUUGGGAACUUAUUAUAAAGCAAAUGGUGUUAUGAAGCAGUUGCUUGAGAUGGUUCCAAUGCUUACUCGAAACAACAAUGUCUCCAUCGUGAUCGGCUAA